AUGGGUGCACUGCGACGAGUCAAGAACAAGCGCCGGACGAGGGACUACGACCAGGUCCGCGCAGACCUCGACUCCCCUCGGCACCUGGCGCAGUACAAGGCCACCAAGGAUGCCGAGGAUCUCCCUGGCCUCGGUCGGCACUUUUGUGUCGAGUGCUCCAAGUGGUUUGAGAGCGAGUACAACUUGAAGGCGCACACCAAGGGCAAGAACCACAAGCGGAGACUCCGUCUGUUGCGCGAAGAACCACACUCCCAGAAAAUUGCCGAGGCCGCUGUGGGACAAGGCAUAAUAGAUAAUGGCAAGCGGACGGAGGAAACGACGGUUGCGAUGGAGGAGUGA